AGAAAGAAUCUGCAGUUACGGAUAACAACGUUCUCAUUAUCUAUCCAUGAAUUUGCAGGCUAAUAUGUGAGUAGGAAACACAAGUUUCUUCCACGCAACAACCACUGCCCCUCUCUGUUUGUCAUGCUAUGUUCUGAAUUUAUUAAUUCCCCUUAAAAUCAAGGGAGGUGGGCUUCUUGUAAAUUGGUCAGAAAGUAAACCUGUUUCCUUUUCUCUUCCCCACCUCCUCAACCCAACGAAAAGAAGCAAAGUUUGGUCGACGGGGAUGGUUGCUAAUGGGCAAAAUAGUGGUGGAAAUGGUAGAGGAAGGUGUUCAUGGGGUUUUGCAAGUUUGAUUAGGAGAAAGCAGGUUGAUUCAGUUCAUGUAAGGAGAGAAGGCCAUACCCAAUUGGCCAGGAAAUUGUCCGCAAUUGACCUCAUUGCCAUUGGAGCUGGAGCAACCAUAGGAGCUGGAGUAUAUAUUCUUGUUGGAACAGUUGCUAGAGAGCACACGGGACCUGCUCUCACUAUCUCAUUCCUGAUUGCCGGAAUAGCGGCUGCACUCUCAGCAUUUUGUUAUGCAGAACUUGCAUGUAGAUGCCCAUCUGCCGGGAGUGCCUAUCAUUAUGCAUACAUAUGUGUUGGCGAAGGGUUUGGUUGGUUGGUUGGUUGGGCUUUGAUUCUGGAAUAUACAAUUGGUGGCUCAGCUGUUGCUCGUGGGAUAACCCCAAACCUGGCCUUGUUUUUUGGAGGUGAAGACAAAAUGCCUUCUUUCUUGGUCCGUCACACAAUACCCGGGCUUGGCAUUGUUGUCGAUCCAUGUGCGGCGGUAUUAGUUCUUAUUGUGACUGCACUAUUGUGCAUUGGGAUCAAGGAGAGCUCAGUGGUACAAAGCAUUGUAACAACAGUAAACAUCGGUGCCUUACUUUUCAUCAUAAUUGUUGGUGGAUAUUUAGGUUUUAAGAAUGGAUGGGUUGGAUACGAACUUCCUAGCGGGUAUUUCACAUUUGGAGUCAAUGGUAUGCUUGCUGGGUCUGCAGUAGUCUUCUUUUCAUACAUCGGUUUUGAUUCAGUUACCAGCACAGCUGAGGAGGUGAAGAAUCCUCAACGAGAUUUACCCCUUGGUAUAGCAUUAGCGUUGUCUCUAUGUUGCAUUUUGUAUAUGCUUGUAUCCGCUGUUAUUGUUGGUCUAGUACCGUAUGAUGCCUUGAAUCCGGACACUCCUAUCUCAUCAGCAUUUGCUAGCUAUGGAGUAGAUUGGGCAGUGUACAUAAUAACAACUGGGGCAGUUACUGCUCUCUCUGCCAGUCUGUUGGGUUCACUUCUUCCUCAGCCUCGAAUUCUAAUGGCGAUGGCUAGAGAUGGAUUGUUGCCUUCAUUUUUUUCAGAUAUUAGUGAACGCACCCAGGUUCCAGUCAAGAGUACCAUUACAACUGGUAUCUUUGCAGCAGCCCUGGCGUUCUUUAUGGAUGUUUCACAAUUGGCAGGGAUGGUAAGUGUGGGUACACUGCUUGCAUUUACGACUGUUGCAGUUUCAGUGUUGAUACUCAGAUACGUUCCACCAGAUGAGGUACCACUUCCAUCAUCACUCCAAGAGUCCAUUGACUCAAUGUCAUUGCAGUUCAGUGGUGAUAUUCAAGAAGUCGACUACAAUAAAAAUAAAGAUCCUGCUGAUUCUUAUCAUAGUCAAUAUCUACAUGAUAAAGGGGAUGCAUCACUUGGAUCUCCUCUCAUUGAGAAGAGAGUAACUCAAGAUGAGCAGAAGGAACAAAUGAGGCGGAAAAUUGCUGGUUGGACAAUAGCUCUUCUAUGCAUAGGCAUUGUUAUCCUUGCUUCUGCAGCUUCAGCACAAUACCUUCCCAGUAUUCUUCGCUUUGCGUUGUGUGGAGUUGGUGGAGUUCUUCUGUUGUGCAGUUUGAUUGUACUCGCUUGUAUAGACCAAGAUGAUGCUAGGCACAACUUUGGACAUUCUGGAGGUUUCGCUUGCCCAUUGGUUCCCUUCCUGCCUGUUUCCUGCAUUCUUAUAAACACAUAUUUACUAGCUGACCUUGGUACUGCCACAUGGAUCCGAGUUUCAAUAUGGUUGCUGAUAGGAGCACUGGUGUAUGUAUUUUACGGCCGAACCCACAGUGCUCUGUUAGACGCAAUCUAUGUUCCGUCAGCUCAUGCUGACGAGAUCCAUCGUUGCUCAUCGGCUCAUCAGGCGUAAGCCAACCCUUUUACAGAAAGUAUUCUUCGAUGCCCUUCACAAUCAUUCAUCUUGUACUUUAUGUUGUAAAAUUUAUGAUUUAACAUGGCUGAAUAAAUCGAAAAUAGUCUCCUCUUUGUAUAGUGAUAUUCUUGAGUUGGCAUGGGGCCUUGUGUAGAAACAUGCAUAUGGCUGCAAGUAUUAGUUCUCUUGAUAUCUUUAGCAAUCACAUGGAGCGGCUUACUCUGUAAAGAAGUAUAAACAUGCAAACUGCUCGAAGUAUUAAUUUCCUUGUCUUCUUGUUCUUGUAA